UUGACAAACAUAUCUCAGAUUAAUCUAGGAGUAUAUAUAUUGGCUGAUGCCAAUGGAUUGGUCUCACACAAUAUGCACUCCCAAGUCUCACAUUCACUCCUCUUCUUUCCAUUCUCUCCCCUACUCCUCUUCUAGCCGCCAUGGAUGCUACUGAUGUUGGAGAUCCUAUUUUUGCUAAAGACAGGGCAGAAACUACGGUCCAAGCACUUCUCAAACUAAAUCGUUGGCAAUGGUGGAUCUUGGUGGGACUCAAUAUUUUCUUCGUUGUAGCUGGACAAACAGCUGCUGUACUUUUAGGACGCUUUUAUUAUAAUGAGGGCGGAGCUAGUACAUUUUUGGCAACACUUGUUCAAACCGCUGGAUUUCCUAUCCUCUUCAUUCCACUUCUAUUUAUUCCUGCGUCCAAUAAGUCUCCAACCCCUCCUGAUUCACUUUCUAGAAAGUACAUUUUCUUAAUCUACAUUUUUCUGGGAAUAAUUGUUGCUGGUGACAACUUUUUAUAUUCUAAAGGACUCUUAUACCUCUCCGCUUCCACAUAUUCUCUAAUUUGUGCCACCCAAUUAGCCUUCAACGCUGUAUUUUCGUAUUUCAUCAACUCUCAAAAGUUCACCCCAUUGAUUCUAAAUGCUGUGGUCAUUUUAUCAUAUUCUGCCGCCCUCUUAGGGGUAAACGAAAGUUCCGAUGCACCAGAAGGAGUGACUAAGUCACAAUAUGCUGUCGGAUUCAUUUGCAGCAUCUCAGCUUCAGCUCUGUACUCACUGGUGCUUUCACUCAUGCAGCUUACCUUUGAAAAAGCAAUCAAAAAAUCUACAUUUUCUGUUGUUUUAGAGAUGCAAAUCUACACUUCAAUUGUUGCAAGUAUUGUUACAGUUGUAGCAUUAUUUGUUAGUGGGCAAUGGCGAGACUUGGAAGGAGAAAUGCACGGUUAUCACACUGGGAAAGUGUCAUAUGUGCUGACUCAGGUCGGGACUGCUGUAUGUUGGCAAGUCUGCUCGGUUGGUGUGGUGGGCUUAAUCUUUUUGGUAACAUCGUUGUUUUCGAAUGUCAUCAGUACAGUUGCUUUGGUCGUUGGUCCUAUUGCGUCUGUCGUAGUCUUCCAUGACAAGAUGAAUGGUGUCAAGAUAAUUGCCAUGUUGUCUGCACUUUGGGGUUUUGUUUCUUAUAUUUAUCAAAAUUACCUUGAUGAUUAUAGAUCAACAGAGUUACGGAGGCAAAUGGAAGCCAAUGACAGUAGGGUGACUGCUUGCUAAUAGUCCCUACGUCCUUUGGAGUAUAUUCCAUUUGAAUCAAAAAAACUCUUACAAAAAAUGAUUAAGGAGCAAAUUGAAAGUGACGGAGUAUUAUUUAUUCAAAUUGCAAAGAUGUGUUUUUACAUUUUUUCUCUUCUAAUUUAAUGACCAAUUGUGGGUUUUCACUGUUCUUAGGUGAUUUUCUUGUACUGUUGCCUACUUGUAUAGUAGAUGAUUUCCAUUACUAUAUUGCAGAUUUGCAGUCACUUUUUUCCA